AUGGCAGAGAUGUACCAGGCAUGGGUGAAAGGGCAUCCACCACCAUCAUACCCUGCCAACCCUGCUUUCGUCCCGCCGCAGGCUCAAUCCCAAGAACCUCCCACUGUUGAUUCAUCUCCAGGCUUCCCCAUUUACCACCACUACCAAGGCACCACUUCCCAAACCCCACAAACACCACCACCCAAACCAAUCCCAUAUCCCCCUCCACCAACCACCCCUGUUUUCGUGUCACCCCCACCCGCUGCACUCCAUCGAUCCUCCAUUGAGCCCUUAUUCCAGACCCAAGAUAACCAAUAUUAUCCCCCAGAGCCUACUUUCAAGGCCCCAGAGCAUUACUCCUACACUCCUCAUUUUGACCUCCCAGUUGAGACUGAGAAACCACCUAAAAACCCAGAGCAAGAGGAGAUGUUCAGGAAGAUGCCGAAGUUUGAUUUGUAUGACGGGCACGGAAACCCGGUGGCCCAUUUGAGGGGUUUCUGCAGUAAAAUGAGAGGAGCCGGUGGGAAAGAUGAGCUAUUGAUGGCAUACUUUAGCCAGAGUCUGAGUGGCGCGACAUUGGAUGGUACACUCGUCAAGAUCACAGCAGAUGGUAUACCUGGGAUAAUUUGGCCCAAGCAUUCUCUCGUCAUUUCCAAUACAACAUUGAGAUUGUUCCAGAUUGUUUGUCUCUGA